AUGAAAUCUGCUUGUCUUGUCGCGACUCAGACGCCUUUCCCCAUCAGCCCCGGGUUCAGGUCCAUCCCCCCGACGCGCUCUGAGAUGGAGCAGACACCCGUCAGCAGGCCUGUCCUGUGGAGACCGUGGCUCAUGACCCGUCAGGACUCGCAUACCGCGAGCCAAAGAAGCAGGCUUAUCUGCCCUUAUUUCCGACAAACGGUGCCAAGCAACACCAUGGCAGAUGGCAAAACUCAGCCUUUCCAGCACCCUGUCAGACUGUUCUGGCCAAAAUCCAAGUCCUACGAUUACCUCUAUAGCGAUGGUGAAGCACUGCUGAGGAACUUCCCAGUCCAGGCAACCAUCUGCUUCUAUGAUGAGUCUGACAGUGAGGAAGAUGAGGAGGAACAGGAUGACUGGGAAGAUGAGGAAGAUGACGACGACGAUGACAAGAAAGAGUGCUUCAAAUCUCAGGGACAGUUUUGCAAUUAUAACUGA